AGCUUGACAAGCGGGGUAAACGUUCCAAGAAAUGUGGAAGAAUUCACAAUCCUAUGUGACAUCCCGUUUCCGACGUUUAGUCCAUACGCCUGGUUUGUUAUAGAUCGGUUCCCAAAAAACUAAUUUAGGCAAAUUUCUAGGCAUCGUCCUGGUUACAUAAUUAUCAUUAGCAGGGAAUAUGAUCGUUCUACGUGCUGCCCGCUCGGUCACAUUCACUAGGCCAGUUUUCCGUAUGGUCCAGUCGCGUGGAUAUGCCGACGAAAUGGCUUUCACUCUAGCUGCCGCCAACAAAGUUUUUUAUGACAGCGCAAACAUCCGGCAAGUUGAUGUACCGUCGUUUAGUGGUGCUUUCGGUAUUCUACCAAAACAUGUCCCUACUCUGGCUGUGUUGAAGCCGGGUGUUGUCACGGUGUAUGAAAAUGAUGGAGGAUUGAAAAAGAUUUUUGUAUCAAGCGGUACCGUUACUGUGAAUGAGGAUGCAUCGGUUCAAGUGCUUGCUGAGGAAGCUCACCCAGUGGAGGAUCUGGAUACCUCCGCCUGCCGGGAAAUUCUUUCGAAUGCACAGAGCCAGCUUUCGUCUGCUUCAGGUGACACUGAUCGUGCUGAAGCUGCAAUUGCCGUAGAGGUUGCGGAGGCGCUCGUGAAGGCGGCAGAAUAAUUCGUCUUAAUUUUUUGUUCUGGGAAUGAUUCAACCGAUGCUUUCAGAUUCUACAAAUAAAAGUGAUAGAUGUUAUUUGAAA